AGGAGGGGGGUUCAGGAAGAGCAUGUUGAUCAGGCUCUCAAACACAAAGCUCCUGUUCACUACUCAACUCUUACUGCUCCCUGCUAGAGUGCUACAGACCAGCAUUACCCGGGGCCUUUUCACCUGCUGCAAGGUAACUGCCACAUUGAAGAGAUCCAAGCCAUUGUUGGCCAAGACUCUAAAUCUUACAAUGUCUACACAAGCUGCGAAAGACCACACAGAGGGUCACAAGAUCCCAUUGCUAGUGGAUGACCACACAGUCACCACUGUUCGAGAAUCAAAGAUCUUGGUUAUCUUGAGAGGUUUGCCAGGUAGUGGGAAGACCAGCUUGGCGAAGGAAAUAGAACAAAAAUUUAAGGACAACUCCCGUUUAAUUUCUGCUGAUAACCACAACAUCAAACCAGCUAUUAGGCCAUCUGAUGAAGGAGAAUACUCUAAAAUGGAUGAGGAGCUCAACACAUGCUGUGAGAGACGUGAAGCUAACUUGGUCAUUCUUGAUGACACACAUCAUGACCAGGAACGGCUGAACGGGCUCUUUGAUUUAGCCAACAAGUACCACUUCACGGUACUUAUACUAGAACCCAAAACUCCUUGGAGGCUGGACUGUGGUCAGUUAAAGGAUCGGAAUCAUUGGAAGCUGUCUCUGGAGGAAUUGAAGAACUUAAGGCCUACUUUGGAAAAGGAACUCGUCCCGCUGUACUUCGGCUGGUUUGUGACAAAACGUGAUGAGGAUACACUAAGAAAGACCAGUCAGGACUUCCUGGAGCAUUUGAGCAAUUUCAAGCCAUUUAGGAAGCGUUUGCAAGCAUAUGGCUACGAAGACAAACACAAGUUAGAUCUUCUGAAAUAUUUUGGCAAAACUCCCAACAUUCUGCACUGCACAACCAAAUACUGCGACUACGGAAAGGUGGCAGGAUCUGAAGAAUAUGCCCAAAUGGAGGCUGUAAAAAAGGGUUACUCCAAAGCUUACACCCUCCACAUUACAGCGCUCUUCGUAACUCCCAGGACAGCAGGAGCACAUGUGGAACUGACUGAAGAACAGCUUACUCUGUGGCCACAAGAUGCUGAGAAAGAGGUGAUGCCAAAGGAUACCUUCCCAAAGGGGAGCCGUGCCCAUAUCACUCUGGGCACUGCAGCAGAUGUGCAAGAUGUCCAAACUGGUAUCGACCUACUGGAGUUCAUCAAGUUGCAACAGUCAGGGGGGGAGAAGGAAGAUUUAGGUGAAAUAUGUGGGGGCAAGAUAUAUUAUUAUGAAAAUGGCAUGUGGAUGCUAAACCUAUCCAGAAAGAUUGAGGUAAAGACCAUAUUUUCAGGCUACUAUGGGAAAGCUGGGGUUACUGCCCCGCAGCGCGGUGGCAAAAAAGCUUUGUUACCCACAUGUGAAAUAAUGUAAGACCACUGGAAACAAACAAAAUUAGGUGAAAACCCACAGGUUUUUUUUUUUCUGU